UCAUCCCUGCCUGUUGCCUAGGGGAAAAGUUUCUUCUCCAGGACAAAGGCUGUUGGAGACUCCUCGACAGGCAACCCCAGGCAGCAGGAGCAGGACUUUGCUGGAGGAUUAAGGCUGAGUUGCCCCCGUGGGGAGGCUGAGUCAUGGCUUCCAAGUGCCCUGCAUCCUGCUUGACACAGCACGACGGCAGGGAAAUGAUAGCGAAAGGGGAAGAGGAGGAUGACACCUGGAGCUCCACCUUGGCAGCCCUCAAAACUGCCCCCAGGGAGAAGCCCCCUGCCAGGAUCGAUGGGCUGUGCCCCCUGAGCACAGCACCAGGUGCCCAGGUCUACAAGGACUACGACUGCACCCUGAACCAGACCAACAUCAGUGCCAACAACAACAAGUUCUACAUCAUCCAGCUCCUUGAGCACAACGGUGCCUACAGUGUCUGGAGCCGCUGGGGCCGUGUGGGGGAGGUGGGCCAGUCCAAGCUCAUGCCCUGCGCCUCCCUGGAGGCUGCCAAGAAGGACUUUGAGAAGAAGUUUCGGGAGAAGACCAAGAACAGCUGGGCUUCAAAGGAAAACUUCAUUGCCCAGCCGGGGAAGUACACACUCAUCGAGGUGCAGCCAGGGGCUGGGCAGGAGGUGGAGGUUGCCCUCAAGGUGAGUACAACAGGCAGCUGGGGUGUCACCACAUGGGUGCUGCCCUGCACCUUGGACAAGGACACACAGGAGCUGGUGUCCCCCAUCUUCAGCAGUGACAUGUUCCGGGAUGCCAUGCAGACCAUGAAUAUUGACGUGAAGAAGAUGCCGCUGGGGAAGCUGAGCAAGCAGCAGAUUGCGAGGGGCUUUGAGGCACUGGAGGAGCUGGAGGCAGCGCUGCAGGAGCAGCCCCCCCAGGCCUCUCGCCUGGAGGAGCUCUCCUCCCGCUUCUACACCAUCGUCCCCCACAACUUUGGGCGGGCACGGCCACCCCCCAUCAACUCCCCUGACCUGCUCCGUGCCAAGAAGGACAUGCUGUUGAUGCUGGCUGGCAAUGAGGUGGCACAGAGCCUGCAGGCACAGAAAGUGAAGGAGGAGGAGGAGGAGAAAGAAGUCCCCCAUCCACUGGAUCAGGAUUAUGGCCUGCUCUGCUGCCAGCUUUCCCAGCUGGACUCACCUUCCCAGUAAUAAGGGCUGAUCCAAAACUACGUGACACAGACUGGGCACAACCUCCGCAUCCUCAACAUCUGGCAGAUGGCCCAAGCUGGUGAGGAUGAGCGCUUCAAAGCCCACGACCUCCUGGAGCACCGGCGCCUGCUUUGGCACGGCACCAACGUGGCGGUGGUGGCGGCCAUCCUGAAGAGCGGGCUGCGCAUCAUGCCACACUCAGGAGGGCGUGUGGGCAAGAGCAUCUACUUUGCCUCUGAGAACAGCAAAUCAGCCUGCUACGUGGGCUGCACAUCCAAGAAUGUUGGCAUCAUGUUCCUGACGGAGGUGGCCCUGGGCAAGCCCUACCGCAUCACCCGUGAUGACCCCUCGCUGUGUCAGCCACCUGCUGGCUAUGACAGUGUCCUGGCCUGUGGCCAGACAGAGCCAGACCCUGCACAGGAUGAGGAGGUGCUGCUGGAUGGCAAGAAGGUGCUAGUGUGCCAAGGCAAGCCCAUCCCCAUGCCUGCCUACAAGAACUCCUCCUUCCGCCAGAGCGAGUACCUCAUCUACCAGGAAAGCCAGUGCCGGAUCCGCUACCUUGUCCAGCUCCGCUUCUGAGGGUGCCCAGGAAUCCUGUGGCCCUGGCCCAGCACCAGCUGGUGAUGCCCACCAGCCCAGAGGAUAGUGAUCUGUACUCUGGCCACCUCACCUGGGGCUUGGCAAGGAACAGGCUGGUGUGGGGACAGAGCUUGCCUUGAGGUGAAUAAAAGUACCAUGCCUUGUACUGAACGGUGCUUGUGCUUUCCUGCCCUCGGUAAGGUGCAUGUAGUGUAGGGAAGGGUGGAGGUGGGUCCCUGAAGGGGUGGCAGCGGGUGACUCUGGAGGGGCUGCAGCCUUCAGAGAUAAAAUCUGGUGGCUUUGAGAGCCAUCUGCCCUUGUCACUUUAGCAAGGCACACGGCUCAUGCCCAUCACCGUGGCAUCAGAGCUAUAAAGGAUGAGCAAGAUCUGCUUCCCUGCCUGGGCAUGGCAGAACAUCCUGAGGGUGAGUGCCUGCCCUGACUCUAGUGCCAUUCUUGGUGCCGUGCCUGCUGCCCUGCCCCAGCCUGGCAGCCAUGCCAAGCCCCUUUCCAUGCUCACUUUUGCCAGAGAAGAGCAACUCCCAGCUGUGUUACCCCGAUGCCCCAUGAGCAUCCACGUGCCAGUGGAGAGGAGUUGCUGCAGACCUGCCUGUGGCUCUGACCCUCAAGCCCUGGUGACUCGGGGGCUGAGCUGUUCUUGUGGAAGGACCAGGCUUGGUGCAGCGGGUGGCCAU